AUGUCAAUAACACCGGAAUCCGAUAAUAGAAACUCGCCUUCAAAGUCGAUCAAUGUGAUCCAACUGGCAAAGCCGUUUCUAUCUUCGAAAGAGAUCUCUUACCUCAUACACAAUACACUUGGAGACGGUGAUAGAAUACGAAGUUAUAAGCAGGACAAGAGGGAAACUUUCCAGUUUCUCAUUCGAUUAGUCAAAGUAUUGCAAUUUCCCAUCAAAGUUAUGCAGAACUGCUCCUAUUUAUAUCAGAGAUUCUAUCUCCUGACCGACAAUUUGGCCAGGUAUGGUCCCCUACACUAUGAGGUAGGCAUAACAGCACUAUUUGUUUCCCUCAAAAUGAACGAUUUUAUCAAGAAGCUCGGCCUUGUCUUGCAAGAAUCUAACACUCUUAGAGGACUGCAUCUUUCAUCGUCAGAGUCGGAUGAUCAGAGACGAAUCGUGAUGAAUAUGGAAAAAACUAUGAUGGAGUGUGAAAGCUUUGAUUUUAGAAACUAUUGCAUAGAAGAUCUGCUUGUUAAAUUUACAAAGCUCUAUAAAGUUCCAGAGAAGGAGAGCUAUGUGUGUUGGUCUGUCUUGAAUGAUUUGUAUCUUACUCAGUUGCCUUUACAGUUCCCUGCUCAUAGUAAUGCCGUCAUAGCCAUGAGAACUGCGUUGCUUAUAUUCAACUCCGUAUCUCAGACCAAGACGAACUAUAACAUCGAUCUUCAUAGAAUCAAUAUGAGACCAGAUAAUGAUACUCUUGUCUCAGGAAUCAGUCAGUUACUCGAGUAUUAUAUCGACAAUUAUGCCAUAACUUUCCUUAAGAGCUCAUUAGGAGAGGUUCGUAUGGUGAACGAAUUGAAGGAAUUAGUUGAUGAAAUUCUCAACUUGAAGAUUGAUUUCGAUGACAGAUUCAACAGUAAACGAUCCGCCAUGGUCCCUUCAACAACUAUCAGGCAGGAUAUGUUCUUCCAGCCUAGAAAUCCUGACAUUGGUAAGUAUGGCUGUAUCAGAUUUGUCUACAAUAAGAAGAGGUAUGUAGAUGAAGUCAGUCAUAGAUGA